GCCAUAUCAGCGGCUGCGUCCGACGGAAUAGGUGGUGGCUUGUAGUUCCGUUUCUCCAAAUUAGUGAUUAAUCGAUAAAUUGGUCACUCGCUAAGGUUUAAAUGUCGGUUCGGUUAACUGCCUUUCAGGGAAGUGUGUUUGAAUUAGUGUUCAAGUUCGUGGUUUUUCGCUCGAGACAGAAGGCGAUGGCGUAGGAUACCGCACGAUGAGUGAGAGAAGGAACGGAAAGAUUCAAAAAAGAAAAAGUGCAACAAAGUAUAAGAGCGAGACAAUGAUAAAGAAAACGAAUGAAAGAAGAAAGUAAUAAGAGCAAGAAAAGAAUUAGUGAACAGAGACAAAACAAGAAAAGUAAGAAAAAAAAAUCUAAAAUACUCAACGAUACCAGAUUAUGAUUUAGAUUGAAAACAAAACCGAAGCUUCCAGAGACAGCAAGACUAUCAAUAAAGCGAACCCAAAAGUGAAUUAAUUAAAUCAAUUCAUAUGUACAAAAUGACCAGAGUAGACGCCAUGGAAUUCCAACCCGAGUACAACAGCGUAAGGUUAAAUGACCCCCCCGACCGCUACCGCCAGAUCGCGCAGGAGUUCUGGGACCUGCAGGACCCCGACCGGAAGCGCAGGAUCCCGCUGUCCCGCCUCAAGGACCGCAUCCUCAGGACCAAGGACGCCGACGGCCUGGCCAACGCCCUCGUCAUCCAGCUCCUGCAGGAGGCCGACAAGAACUACGAUGGCUUCCUUAGCUAUGAGGAGUACAUGCAGUUCACCGAGGAGGCGAGGUCCCGGGGCGAGGGGCGCCAAGGGUUCAACCGCGCCGCCCUCAGCGUCCUGCCCCGAGGCGACCGCACGGUGGAGGCCCGCCGCUACAUCGAGUACUACCGCUGCUGCCCGCCGCCCUUCUUCAUGGUGCUGGCGUCGCUGGUGGAGAUCGGCGUGUUCACCUACUACGCCCUCGACAUGGACCGGCCGAUGGGCGCGUCUGGCCCGGCGCCCAUUUACUCGCCUCUCAUCUACAACCCCUACAGACGCUACGAGGCGUGGCGGUUCGUCAGCUACGCCCUCAUCCACUCGGGCUGGCUCCACCUCGUGACCAACCUCGUGAUGCAGCUCCUCUUCGGCGUCCUCCUCGAGCUCGUGCAUCGCUGGUGGAGGAUCAUGCUGGUGUACUUCGCCGGGGUGCUCGCUGGCUCCCUCGCCCACUCCCUCACGGCGCCCUCCAUGUACCUGGCGGGGGCGUCUGGGGGCGUCUACUCGGUCAUGUAUGCGCAUGCGGGGAACCUCGUCUUGAACUGGUCGGAGAUGGAGUACCGCUGGAUUCAGCUGAUCAUCAUCAUCUUCGUCAGCGUCCUGGAUCUGAGCUACGCCUUCUACGACACCUACGGCAGCGCCACGCCCUCGAACACGGGGCACAUGGCUCACCUGGGCGGGGCCAUCGCGGGCGUGCUGGUGGGCGUGAGCAUCCUCCGGAACCUGCAGAGGAGGCGGUGGGAGCGGGUGUGCUGGUGGGUCUCCUUCAUCAUCUACGUCAUCCUGGUGGGGACGGCGGUCGUCCUCAACGCGUCCCUGCAGGACUACUUCCCGGACAACGACUACACUUCGUACGCCGUCCUCAGAGCGGACUAUCUCUCGAGGUCGACGUGAGAUGGCUGGGAGUGACGUCACAGGGGAGGUGGCGGGGAGUUGACGUAAUAGGGGGGGAUGACGGGGGAAAUGACGUAAUAGGGGGGGAUGACGGGGGAAAUGACGUAAUAGAAGACGUAAGAGAGGGCGGUGACCUCCCGGGGCCACACGAGCGCUUCAUCGCCAGCAAACGCCCGGAGCGCGCGAGGCCCCCUUGGCGCGGGCGGGGCCGCUGCGCCUGGGAGGGCUCUCGGCGCGCUGUCGGGACCGAUCGGGCGCGAUGGCCGAGGCGGAGAAAACGCUCUAAAUGGAAAGGUGAAAUUCAUGGGUUAAAUAUUCUUGAUCAUAUCUACGGCAUUCGUUAUCAUUAUUUGUAUUUUUAUAUUUUAAGUACGAAAGAUGUUCAAUGGUAUUAUUUCCAGACUGAUUGCCAGAUCAGAUUCAAUAUGGCUAUGGAUGCGCCGCCAUAUCUGCUUACCCUGCUGCGUUGUAGCGCGAAUUCAAAAGUAAAUAAAAUUCAUGAUACUCCUUUUCUUCCUGUUAAACAGAAGCACACCCGCAUCUGACUUUUUACUUUUCUUUUUUUUUCUUUUUUUUCUUGACACUUUUGCGAAUAAGCAAUCACUGCUUCUGCGAGAAGGUCCUGCCUCCUCGAAUAGAGGUGACCCUGUUUGCUCAGCGCGUGGCUGUCUUCGGGCGAUGGCUCGUCGCCGUGCGGCUGCAAGACUCGUUGGUGAUGAAAUGCUCGUGUGGCGUAAGGGUGGGGGGAGGGGGGGGCACGAAGGAGGAGAAUCGCUUCGGCGAUCCAUGUUUAGUGUCAUUAUAAAAACACUUGAAACAGUAUUCUAUUGAUUUUGGAUCGAUUAAAACUGUUGUCUGAACGAGAAUGAGAUUUGGCAUGUCGUUCUUUCAGACAAAGAAAACGUUGCAUUAUCGAUAAAUCAGAUGUUGUGUAUAUACAAUUAAGCAAUUAAACAUUACCUUGAAUAAAGUUGGAACCAGGAUAUAUCCAAUGUUUGUGCAUGGGCUGAGGAUGAGUUUAGUGUUUACAAUUUGGACGCGAUA